GCACUAAUAUGCAGCACUGAUAGGCGGCACUGAUAGGUGACACUGAUGAUGGGUACUGAUAGAUGGCACUGACUGGCAUCACUGCUGGGCACUGACUGGUGGCACUGACUGGCAGCACUGGUGGGUGGCACUGGUGGGUGGCACUGGUGGGUGGGCACAGGGGUGGGCACAGGUGGGUGGCACUGCUGGGCACAGAUGGGUGGCACUUCUGGGCACAGGUGUGUGACACUGCAGAGUGACACAGGUGGGUGCACUGCUGGGCACAGAUGGAGUGGCACAGGUGGGUGCACUGCUGGGCACAGGUGGGUGCACUGCUGGGCACAGGUGGGUGAUCUGCUGGGCACAGGUGGG